UAUAAAUAUAAUUUUCAAAUAUUUUAAAAACCAGGAGCACUGGUGCUCAGGUGCACCAAAUCUGCUCUCGUUUUUCAUCUUAUCUGUUUCUAGCAUGAAUUAAUUUGUAUCAACAGAUAACUGGAUUAGAAAUCAGGAGUUCCUUUUGACUGAGAAACUUGACUUUGUUAUGCUUGAUUAUAAUUUUAAAGCUAUAUCUGUCGUUUCAUUGGCUUUUAACUAUGUUUUGAUUAUCCCUGAAAAUGACCAAGUUCUAAAUUUAUUGGAGGCACAACUGCUAAUGUGCAGCUAAUUAUGUCCAUGUAGUGAAUAGAAAAUGGCUAUUAACUUGUAACUGUCAUCGUUUUAUUCGCUUACAUUGUUCCUUCUUACCCUGCUUCUUUUCCUUUUCACUGAGCACUUGAAAUUGGAAGAAUCGGAAUUGAAAGGGAAUUUGGGAAGGAAGAUGUGGAUUACUGUUGGAUACUAUAGUAUUUUAAGAUUUGCAAUGAGCCCAUUCGGUUUACCGUUUGGUGCAAUUAGAAAGUGCACAGGUAACCCAGGUCCAGGCAUGUAAACUAGUUCGGUGGUGUCAAUCUGCCAAUUAACCAAGUGGAAAUGCUUGAUACAGAUAACCUACGAGUUCUAUAGGCUUGCUUAUUUCAUUCUCCCUCCGUUCCAUAAUUCUUGUCUUGAUUUUUAUUCAAAGUUGAACUGAAACCACGACAAGAAUUACAAAAUGGAGGGAGUAGUUCAGUGUGCUUGUUGUAUGGCACACUCAUGCAUACUUCUGAAAUAUUUGUGUCAUUGGCCUUUUUUUGUUACAUAGUUUGUAUCCUUCCCUUCCUAAUUGAAUUUCAGUAAAGCCCAACUAGCAAUUUCUAUGCCAUUCCUUGCACCUGUCACAACUUGCAUAUUUGGAAAGUUUGAUGGUUUUCUCUUGAACUUAAACCUUGGAGUUUAGCCAGGAAUCCCAAUUAUGACGAGGGCCCAGAGAAGCCACCCUCUAGACCCAUUAUCUGCUGCUGAAAUUGCUGUGGCUGUAGCAACUGUUCGAGCUGCUGGAAGAACUCCGGAAGUACGAGACAGCAUGCGCUUUGUUGAAGUUGUGCUCCUGGAGCCAGAAAAGAAUGUUGUGGCAUUAGCUGAUGCAUACUUCUUUCCACCAUUCCAACCAUCUCUGCUUCCCAGAACCAAAGGUGGUCCUGUCAUCCCAAGCAGGCUUCCACCUAGGAGGGCCAGGCUUGUCGUCUACAACAAACAAACAAACGAAACUAGUAUUUGGGUUGUAGAACUGUCUGAAGUGCAUGCUGCUACUAGGGGUGGACACCACAGAGGCAAGGUUAUAUCAUCAGAAGUUGUUCCAGAUGUUCAGCCUGCAAUGGAUGCGAUGGAAUAUGCUGAAUGUGAAGCUACUGUAAAAGAUUUCCCCCCUUUUAUUGAAGCCAUGAAGAAAAGAGGCAUUGAUGACAUGGAGCUCGUCAUGGUAGAUGCAUGGUGUGCAGGCUAUUACAGUGAUGCUGAUGCUCCCAGUCGAAGAAUUGGCAAGCCUCUGAUCUAUUGUAGAACUGAAAGCGAUAGCCCUAUGGAGAAUGGAUAUGCUCGUCCUGUUGAAGGGAUCCAUAUUAUAGUUGAUAUGCAGAAUAAUGUCGUACUAGAGUUUGAGGAUAGGAAGUUUGUCCCUCUCCCACCACCAGAUCAUUUGAGAAACUACACUCCUGGAGAGACACGAGGUGGUGUUGAUAGAAGCGAUGUGAAGCCUCUUAUCAUCAGUCAACCUGAAGGCCCAAGUUUCCGUAUUACAGGCUCCUUUGUGGAGUGGCAGAAGUGGAACUUUCGUAUUGGCUUCACCCCCAAGGAAGGUUUAGUUAUCCAUUCUGUUGCAUACGUUGAUGGAAACCGUGGACGCCGUCCUAUUGCUCACAGGCUGAGUUUUGUUGAAAUGGUUGUUCCUUAUGGAGAUCCGAACGAACCACAUUACCGGAAGAAUGCAUUUGAUGCUGGAGAAGAUGGGCUUGGAAAGAAUGCACACUCCCUUAAGAAGGGAUGUGAUUGCUUGGGUUACAUAAAAUAUUUUGAUGCACAUUUUACAAAUUUUACUGGUGGCGUGGAGACAAUUGAGAAUUGUGUAUGUUUACAUGAGGAGGACCAUGGAAUCCUCUGGAAACAUCAAGACUGGAGAACAGGACUAACCGAAGUUAGACGAUCAAGGAGGCUAACCGUGUCAUUCAUAUGCACAAUUGCUAACUACGAAUAUUGCUUUUAUUGGCACUUUUAUCAAGAUGGUAAGAUAGAAUCUGAGGUAAAGCUUACUGGAAUUCUCAGCUUGGGAGCUCUAAUGCCUGGGGAACAAAGGAAAUAUGGCACAACUAUUGCUCCUAGUUUGUACGCACCAGUCCAUCAACAUUUCUUUGUUGCCCGUAUGGACAUGGCAGUGGACUGCAAACCUUAUGAGGCUUAUAACCAGGUGGUUGAGGUAAAUGUUAAAGUAGAAAGUGCAGGCCCAAAUAAUGUGCAUAAUAGUGCCUUCUACGCCGAAGAAGAGCUUCUGAAGUCUGAAUUACAGGCUAUGCGGGAUUGUGAUCCUUCAUCUGCACGACAUUGGAUUGUAAGGAACACAAGGACCGUAAAUCGUACUGGGCAACCAACAGGUUACAAGCUCAUACCUGGUUCGAAUUGUCUGCCAUUCUGCCUGCCCGAGGCAAAGUUCCUGAGAAGAGCUGGGUUUUUGAAGCACAACCUUUGGGUUACAUCAUAUAAAAGUGAUGAAGUGUUCCCUGGAGGAGACUUUCCUAAUCAGAACCCACGCAUCCAUGAGGGUUUAGCUACAUGGGUCCAGAAGGACAGAUCCUUAGAGGAAACCAACAUUGUUCUCUGGUACGUUUUCGGGAUCACCCAUAUCCCAAGGCUCGAGGACUGGCCUGUCAUGCCGGUGGAACACAUCGGCUUCACGCUCAUGCCUCAUGGAUUCUUCAACUGUUCGCCUGCUAUUGACGUUCCUCCUCCAUCCGAUGUGGACGCUAAGGAAGCCGAGACGCCAAAGGAGAUCCAUGCCGAGCUCAUUUCAAAGCUGUGAGCCCCCAAGAGCCAGAGAAUCGUACGUGUGGUUACUCCUUUUCAUUGCCGUGCCAUGAUCUUCUGAUGAAAACUGUAAACUGCGAGUUAGCUUUCCGUAGGCCCUUCUGAUUACGCCGCAGCUGAGCCGUGUUAGUGGCUGAAUUGGUUUGGUGGCGUCCGAUUGCUUGGUUCUUCUGAACUCUGUAUUUCUGCUUGGUGAUUACAUCACACAGAAUCUGGGUUAAGUUCUCUGUCCCAGAAUGCAAAUGAAUUGGUACACAAAAAUGUUCAGCUA